UUUAUUAGCAAUAAUCUCACAAACAAAUUUCCCAAACUACCCUUUCCUCUAAUCCCCCUAGAUUUUCUACCCCUUUAUUUCUCCACACUGUCUUAACCCCCAACCCUCACCCCACGCUCAUCCCCACCCCCACGCCAAGCUUCUUCCCACUGUUCUUUCAUGGUGUCUCUUUCAAUAUAAUCAAAUUUUCAAUAUAAUACAUAGUUAGUAAAGCUACCCUUUUUGAUUCUUAAGCUUAAAGUAACAAUCUUUUUUUAUUCUUUCCUGAUUAAUCCAUUUUAACUUCCUCACCAACCACCCCCCACUCCCCACCCUCACUCCCCACGCCCCACCCACCCCAACUAACGCUUUUUUUUCUUCAAGAUUCUUCAAAACCCACUUUUAAAACUUCAAGAUCUUGAACCCCUUUUGAUUAUACUGUAAGAAAAAUGAAGCAGUUAACGGCGUUACAACAAGGUAGACGGAGUAACAGUUUUAGAGGUUCAUCGCCGUUAGAUUCAACGGUAGAUGGUGGUGGAAAGUCGUUUGUUGGUAUUUUCUGGCUUGUUAUUCAUGGGGUUUGUUGUUUGAUCAGUUUGGUUUUGGGUUUUCGAUUUUCACGUUUGGUGUUUUUUCUGCUGUUCAGUAACAGUAACAGUAACUAUUCCUCGUCUUCGUCGAUGUUGUUUCAUGAUUCUGGUAUUGAUGAUGUACCUGUUCAGACAAGAUUGACAUCAUUGUCUGGUCAGUUAGAUAAGAAUUUGUCGGUGGGGUUGACGGGCAGUAGCAGUAGUAGGGUGGUUGUAGGUAGACAUGGGAUAUUGAUACGCCCGUGGCCUCACCCGAAUGCGAGUGAAGUGAUGCAGGCACAUAAGAUAAUGGAGAUUGUACAAAGGGAGCAGAGGUUACAGUAUGGUGUUAAGAAUCCAAGGGAUGUGAUUGUUGUAACACCGACGUAUGUGAGGACUUUUCAGACAUUGCAUCUUACCGGUGUGAUGCAUUCUUUGAUGAAUGUGCCGUAUAAUGUUGUGUGGAUUGUUGUGGAAGCUGGUGGAGCAACUAAUGAGACUGCCUCUUUGAUGGCUAAAUCGGGGUUGAAGACUGUUCAUAUUGGAUUACGCGAAAAGAUGCCUGUUUUAUGGGAAGAUCGACAUAAAUUUGAGGCGAAAAUGAGACUUCGCGCUUUGAGAUAUGUGAGAGAAGAGAAGUUGGAUGGGAUAGUGAUGUUUGCUGAUGAUAGUAAUAUGCAUAGUUUAGAGGUUUUUGAUGAGAUCCAGAAAGUGAAAUGGAUUGGUGCUCUGUCGGUGGGCAUUCUUGCUCAUUCAGGUGGUGCGGAGGAGGAGAUAUCAAUGGUGCAGAAAGAGGAAGAUAGGAAUUUACAAUUGCCAAUUCAGGGUCCAGCUUGUAAUUCAUCAGAUCAUUUUGUUGGUUGGCACACUUUUGAUUCGUCCCCGUAUGCGGAGAAGAGUGCCAGAUACAUUGGUGACAGGGCAGUUGUGCUGCCAAGGAAGAUUGAGUGGGCUGGCUUUGUGUUGAAUUCCCGGUUAGUCUGGAAUGAUGCUGAAGCUAGGCCUGAAUGGGUUAAGGAUUUGGAUGAUGUAAUGGGGGACAGGGUGGAUGUUGAGAGCCCUUUAUCUUUGCUGAAGCAUCCUUCAAUGGUGGAGCCUCUUGGAAGUUGUGGGCGCAAAGUUAUGCUGUGGUGGCUACGUGUUGAAGCACGGGCAGACAGCAAAUUCCCUGCCAGAUGGAUCAUUGACCCUCCACUAGACGUGACUGUCCCUGCAAAGCGCACGCCAUGGCCGGAUGCUCCACCAGAGCUCCCUUCUGGUGAAAAGUUGGUCACUGUACAAGAGCACACCGAGAAGCGCCCACCAAAAACACGAUCAAGAAAACGUAGUUCUCGAGGAAAGAGGAAGCACAUACCAAAGAACCUGGACGACCGUCAUACAACCAGGCUACCAGUUGAGAACUAGUAAUAAUCAUCUGUGAAUUCAGCAAGUUUGAAGACCGCGGUACUAUCCUGUCUCGUAAAUAGGAGAAGGCAUUUCUUACCAUAGCAAUCAAAAUACAUACUACCUGUCCUUUAUUCAAUUAUAUCUUUGUAUUCUUUUCCACUUCUUCCCUCCCCAAACCUUCAUCACUUCCUUUUCUGUCCUAUUUUUGGUCUUUAGUCUUUUGUGUAAUUGAAUUGUUGCUCAGUUAGAAGGAUGUUGUUGUGGUCACCGUCACCGGACUCCUUUUUCGCCGAAGCUUUGUAUUCAUGGCUUGGAGUUUAUAUAUGUAAUGACAACAUCUAGAGAUGAGAAAGUUUAUGCUCAAA